AUGAGCAAGCUACCUAGUGAUAACGAUGUCCUCUUUUAAAAUAGGAGCGAAGAAGUGUUCCCAAGAAAGCAGAAAAAAACUAAUAAAGCAGGAUAUCCUAAUCGAGGCAGCAAUAACAAUUAUAUAAAUGGAAAUUAGAAUAUAAAAAAUUCAGCAAUUUUAGAAGAGGAAGAUGAGUAUAAGAAUAGUGUUAAAUUUAAUGGAGUUAAAUCAGAAAAUCCAGACAAAUCUUAAAAUAUUAGGCAAUAGAUUCUCUCAAAAAAAUAGUCAUCUCAGCUUUUUGAAAAAAAUUAAAUCGAAGAUGAAAACGCUCGAGGAUUUGACUGUGUGUUCAAUUAAAAUACAUCUAAGCCAAUAUCAUCGAAGCACAAAGAUUAUGAGAAUUCAAUGUCCUCAAAAGGAGACUCCAAGUUUACUGUAAAAUCUGAAUAAUCCAGUAUGCUCUUUGCUUCUAACCCUAACUAAAUUAAUAGCCCAAGUAUCCACGAUACCUCUAAUAUAAAUAGUAAAAUACUGCAGUAGUCAAGUCAUCAUCACUAAAUUUCUAAUAACAAUCAUAGUGAAUUUCAAAAUAUAUCCUCUAAAGUGACAAAUUUAAACUCUUAAAAAGAUAAAUCUCAGGCAAAUAGAACACAAAUAGGCUCACAGCAAUAACUGUCAAAAAACUAAAAUUCUAUUACUCACUAAUUAAAUUAAAACUCUCACAAUUUUCCAUAUUAUCAGCCAAACAAUCCAAUUCUUUAUCAACAAAGUCAAGGAUUUUUUGAUGCUGAUUCAAUUAAUUAAUUAAUAAAAUAAGACUAAUCUAAUAAAAAUAAUAAUAAUAAUAACAACAAUAACAAUAAUAACAUUCAAAUAAAUGGAUCUUAAAUAUAAUCUUAAGAAUAAAUAUAAUAACUUUAAUUACAAAGUAUUUAAAACAAGUAGAGCUAACAAAUGCUUUUCAAUUCUAAUUCAUAAAAUCAAAACAGUAAUUUUAAUCAUGAUUUUAUAAAUAGUUAAUUUGGAUAAAACAGUUUAUUAUACGACUUAAACAAUUCCCAACUUUUCAAAGAUAGUAUUUACUCGAAUGGACUCACAAGGAAUUUGCUUCCUUAAAAUGACUCAGAUGUAUUUGAUAAUGAUGGAGGUAUUGUAGAUUAUUUUUGUAAUGACAAAUAAGAAAACGAUAACAAAGGAACAUUACUAGGAAAAAACUUAAUUUCAAGUUUUGCUCAAUAAACCCAGCAAAAUCACAAAAAUCUCAUAUCUUCUCCAAGAGGCUAAGCUAACAGCUUUUAGUUUCCCAACUAAGGCUUCAAAAAAUCUUAAGUCAAGUAAGAAUCACUACUUUCAUCUAACUAAAAUGAUUAAAAUAAUUUGAUAGAUUAAGCAAGAUCUUAAGUUGACGAUUAUAGUAACAAUGGCGAAUAAACUGAAGAAAGAUAAACUUUAAGAGGAUUAAGAGCCUUAUCUUUAAAAGUAAAGGAAAUAGUUUAGGAAAAAGGAUCUACUACAUACAAAGAGGUAGCAGAAACACUUGUACAAAAUCUAAAAUCAGGUCAAAAAUAAUUAGCUGAGAAAGAAGAUAUUAAAGACGAAUAAAAUAUUAAAAGAAGAGUUUAUGAUGCAUUAAACGUCUUAAUUGCUUCUGAGGUAAUUGCUAAAAAAGGCAAAAAGGUGCUAGCUAUCGCAAAAACAAAUUUAGCUGGUAAAUGCCUAAAGCAUGAUAAUUGGAAAGAAGCAAAAGAAAAGCAAGAUAUUUUAGAUAAGUAAAAGUAAAAAGUCAACUAGAAAAAAGAUCAAGUUAAAGAGUUAGCAAGAAAAUAUGUUGCUCUUAAAAAUCUUAUAAGCAGAAAUUAGUCUAGUGAAAAAAAUACUUAGAUGAAUUCUUAGUUAUUUGAAAACUUCAUCAACCAAAAGGAUGAAUAUGACGAUAACUAAAAAUUCUUUAUUAAUUCUUAACUUUCAAAUAAAUCACAAACUCAAGGAUUGAGAGAUAAGAUACUUUAACCUUUACUAGAUGUCUAAAAACAAAAAUUCUAAUUCCCCGUUUUAUCAGUGAGAUUUAAUCCUGAUGAUUAAUAGAGAGUGAUCAUGAAAAUGAGCAAAGAUAAAAAUAAUCUUAAGAUAUAUGCAAAGGGAUAUCUUGAAACUUAUGGAGACUUAGAUAUAUUAUGUCAAUUAAGUUUAGACAAAGUUUAGGAUUAGUUUAGACAACAAGUGCUAGGAGAUAAAUAUCUUAAUUGGAUAAACUCAGUUGACCAUAUAAAAACAGAACAUAUUGUAGAAGAAGAUAAUGAAAAUCAAUACCCAGGACCUUACAUGAUGAAUGAUUAGAAUAAUUAUUGA